CAGAUUGGUUGUCCAGUUACUGUCAGAGAUGCUUACCGCGGCUGAGGACACUCAGCGUUGUCCUCAGGGGUCCCUUGAGGUCCCUGAGUACUUCCAGCUACCUGGUGGGACCUAAGGAACCUCCCUCAGGUUUCGGAUGACCGUAGGACAAGCUCUGGACGAGACUGUGAGGAAAGACGGAAACCGCGUAGGCUUCCAUUUCCCGGGCGAAGACCUGUCAUUGACGUUCUCCAGCUUCGCAGAACAGGUUGAGCGGCUAGCGCAGGGUUUGAGAUCCCUUGACUUGGAACCCGGAUGCAGGAUUGGCCUCUUGUCACCCACGUGCCAUAGGUGGAUUGUGUCCCAGUUUGCCGUGGCGAAGGCGGGUCUUGUCCUGGUUUCCAUCAAUGACAAAUGCCAUCCCAAAGAACUCAGUUCUGUGCUCAAGAGAGCGGCCUGCAGCGCCCUCAUUGUAGGCAACGGAUUCAAAAAGACCGAUCACGCUCAAUGGGCUCGGGAGUUGGUGGCCAACAAGAAGCCUCCCCUGGAUCUCCCUGAGUUUGUCCAAUCUCUUGUUGCAGGAAAAAGUGUUUAA